AGUCAACGCCACCUAGGUGGCGUUGCGCCAGUGCUCAUUCCCACAUCAGAAUCAGCGAGUUGCUAAUCUCUGAACUAGAGUUUGUCAGCGGCGCUGCUAUCGCCCUCAUACUGUAACAGAGUAGUAAAUCAAUCAGCAGUCUCGAAACAUACGCAGCAGAAACCUCCCUUGCGUGCGAAUUGCUAUAAUAGCUGAAAAGGGCACUUCUACAAAGAGAGCUGAAAAUGUUUGCGUAGUCUCCCUUCUGCAGUGUGCGUUGCUGGAAGGAUAUACUGUUUAUUUUGUUUGUUUUUACCGAACGGCAUUUACUCGCAACUUUUCUUGGUAACUCAAAUAAGUAGUUUUAGCUCACUUGUUACCGUCGAAACAGUACAAUUAAUCCCUAUACGAAAACUAUGUAACACGACUUUUUUAAUUUUUUAUUAUUUGAAGAGAUGCGUUAUAGUGCUUGCGUAUUCCAAGUUCAUUGGAUAGCAAACAGCCAAUAACAACCCAGUAUACGCUACCUGCGCGGGAAUUGGACAGCGAACCUGGAAUACCAACGCGGUCAGUAAACACGUAGUUGCAGCAGAAGCGGUAUUUCAGUGGCGUCUAACUUUGUUUCUAUAAAGCACAUACCUUCCCAGGAAUACAGUGUGCUGUAAGAAGAUGGCACCAAAGUACAAGUUGACUUACUAUCCCUCCAAGGCAAUAGGAGAACCUAUCCGUUUGCUUCUGUCUUAUGGCAAGAUAGAGUUUGAGGAUGACCGUUUUGAUAGAAAGGACUGGCCUUCAAUAAAACCAAAUAUGCCAUUUGGACAAGUACCAGUUCUUGAAAUAGAUGGGAAGAGGAUAUAUCAGUCGCUAGCAAUAAGCCGUUAUCUUGGUAAGCAGUUUGGACUGGUAGGUGACAAUGACUGGGAAGAUCUUCAGAUUGACAUGGUUGCUGACACAGCGAUGGAUUUGAAACUGAAGAUAGACAAGUUUUUCUAUGAACCUGAUGAAGUUGAAAAGGAGAAGAAGAAGACAGCAAUUCUUAAUGAACUGGAGACAAUAAUUAUGCCAAGACUUGAUAAUUUGGCUAAGGAAAAUGGUGGUUAUCUUGCAGCAGGCAAACUCUCAUGGGCAGACUUCUAUUUUGUUGGUAUACUUGACUACCUCAAUUAUAUGGCUGGGUUCGACAUCACAAAGGAUUGUCCAAACCUUAUUGCACUGAGGAAAAAGGUCCUUGAAUUACCAGGUGUCAAGGAAUGGGUGGCUAAAAGGCCAUAUACGGAACUAUAAGUUUUACUGCUUACUUUGUUUUGUACGGCCUACAAUGAUGAAAAAAAUUAUGACUUGUUGAACAGAAAGUAAUUCUGCUUAGAUGUAUGUUUCUUAUUAAAAUACUGCUGCAGAAAACUUUAAAGUAAUGUUUAAUGCUAAAGCUUAGUUUGACUGUUACCCUUUGAAUAUGUUAAAAGUUUAUAAAGAAGACUGGUGCAAUGUGUCAUUUUCUCGUGUGUAACAAAUGUAACACUUUUUUUAUGUUCUAAUUUGUUCAGUAAAAUUUGUAUGUACAAAAAAGUAGUCUGG